UGUCCGCGAGGAUGGAGCGGGAAGGUGGAGUGCUAAAGGAAGGUUUCCUUGUGAAAAGGGGUCACAUUGUCCACAACUGGAAGGUGAGAUGGUUUGUAUUGAGGCAGAACACGCUGCUGUAUUAUAAGCUUGAGGGGGGCAGGAAAGAGGCUUCCCCUAAAGGUCAGAUCCUCCUGGAUGGCUGCAGCAUCACAUGCCCCUGCCUGGAGUAUGAGAAUAGACCGCUCCUCAUUAAGCUAAGGACCAGGACAUCCACGGACUACUUCUUGGAGGCUUGUUCCAGAGAAGAGAGGGAUGCCUGGGCCUUUGAGAUAACAGGUGCAAUCCAUGCUGGCCAACCAGGAAAAGUCCAGCAGCUUCAUAUCAUGAAAAACUCCUUCCAGCUUCCCUCUCACAUCCGCCUUCAUGAUAUAAUUGACAAGAUGCAUGACAGUAGCUGUGGAAUACGCCCAUCGCCCAACAUGGAACAGGGAAGCACCUACAAAAAGACCUUCAUUGGCUCUUCUCUGGUGGACUGGCUCAUCUCCAGUCACUUUGCUGCUAGUCGGAUUGAAGCUGUCACUCUCGCCUCCAUGCUGAUGGAGGAGAAUUUCCUUAAGCCCAUUGGAAACCGGAGCACCGAAGCCAUUCGCUCAGGGGAUUUAGCGGAGCAGUUCCUAGAUGAUUCCACAGCCCUGUACAUUUUUACUGAAAGUUGUAAGAAGAAGACAAGUUCAAAGGAAGAAUUCAACUUUAGCACCGCUGAACUGAGUGGCACAGUGAUUAAACAAGGAUAUUUAGCCAAGCAGGGACACAAAAGGAAAAACUGGAAGGUGAGACGCUUUGUUCUGAGGAGUGAACCUGCUUUCCUACACUAUUACAACCCCUCCAAGGAGGAGAACAGGCCAGUUGGUGGAUUUUCUCUCCGUGGCUCCCUCGUUUCUGCUUUGGAGGAUAAUGGAGUUCCCACUGGUGUUAAAGGCAACGUGCAGGGCAACCUCUUCAAAGUGAUCACUAAGGAUGAUGUCCACUACUAUAUCCAGGCCAGCAGCAAGGCAGAGAGAGCUGAGUGGAUUGAAGCUAUCAAACGAUUAACGUGAGCUAGGUCACCAGGCUCACACCUACCUCUGAAGACAUCUUCAGAACCUCCUAUAUAAAAGGGAGGAUCAGACCUUUUGGCAAGACCUUGAACAUUCUGGUGACUUUCGAUAUAUAUUUGGUACUACUUUGAUGUGAUACUGGGGCUGAGGACCUCCUAGUUAUACAUAGGGUAUCCUUACUACCAACAUGUUCCUUAUAAACCAGGAUCCUAGUGUCUCAUCAACAUUUUCAUUUUGCUGUCAGACAAGGAACUGCUUUUUUAUGGACGCUUAAUCACAUUCUCCCAUGGCCUCAUACCAAUCUUCACAGAUGCUGAGGAGAGAUAAAACAGGAUACUUCUUUCUUCUUGACAACAAAUGGAAACAGGAGACUAUUUUUAGCUAUGUGUGAGAAUCAGAGCUCCACCCUGAGGAGGAAGCAUGUGGCCUGGUGUCCAGAAGUUACUUCUAUAGAACCACCUGUAGUCAUGCCAAUCAAAGCUACCAACCAAUUAGCUUGGAGCUGUGUGUAUGGACGGCCCUGCUUCCUGUUUCACAGAGGGCUUCUGGGAAAAGCGGUGGAAGAUCAUUCUCUUUUCAUCUGGAACUGGCUUGGUGACGGCAGAGAAAAGAAGGGUCCCCUUUUCGUCCAGGACUUUGGCGUGGUGGGGGACUUCACAUGGACUUCUAGAAAAAGCAGGGGUUUCCCUCUGGCUAUACUGAAUAGAUCUAAACUAGGGUUUUCUAUUCUCUCUUCA